AUGCCGCGCGCUAUUCCAGUUAAAGUCGCCUGUCGCCUGUGUCACGACCGACGAGUCAAAUGCGAUCGUAGUGAAGGCGUCAGUUGUUCCAACUGCCGGAAAGCCCGGCGCCAAUGUGAACUGAUUAUAUCUCGUCGUGGAAGGAAACGGAAGCUUCCUCUUCUACCCAUCGAGGAGGACUCUCGCAAUGUGCCGUAUCAGGGAAUGAUAACUUCAAACCCACCUCUGGCCACUUAUGCUCAAGGCGAUGGAGAUAAGCCACAGCAAGAGCCAUGUUUCCCCGCUCUCGGGCCAAGCGGCAAAACUCCAUAUGUGGGCGAUCCUUCUAAUCUUAAUUACUUGAUCCAACAAUUUGGAAAUCCCUUUGGGGGCACGACGGAUGUUCGUCCACUUCAAGACCACCUCCACGGAGCAAUGCUGGCCCGGUUGGGCAGGUCGACGGCGCGGGCAAUCGAUAGACUUCACAUAUCUACUGGCGAACGCCUGAAGAGUCAAGGCGCAUUUGAUCUCCCGUCACAAGGGACCAGUCUCGCCCUUCUCGACGCUUACUUCCAUUUUUCGCUUGCUGCACUGCCUAUUCUUGAUUGGUCGAGAUUUCUUGUCACUCUCGAGGAAGGCAAAUUUUCACACCUGCUCUUGAAUGCUAUUUACCUCGCUGCUACUAUAUAUUGUUCGGAUUCCGUCAUUACUGAUGCCGGGUUUGUGUCCCGAUACGCUGCAAGCCUUACCUUUUACCAGCGAGCUAAAUCUCUUUAUGAUGCUGGAUAUGAAACGGAUGCCAUCGUGACCAUUCAGGCUACAUUUCUUAUGCGCUACUGGUGGAAUGGUCUUCUCGAACACAAAGAUCCUUGGUACUGGGUGGGCAUCUCUGUGGGAAUGGCACAAUCUUUGGGGCUACAUCGAGCGUGA